CUUCACCCGACCUCUUCCAUCCUCCCGGGCCAGUGCAUCUGGAGAGGGCGACUCCCCGGGACAGUCUGACGGUCGACGGCCAGCGGUGACGGAGUGGCCCCGCGGUGCCCUCUCCCCGGAGGCCGGGGGAGUCAUGGCUCGCCCUUUCCUCCUCUGCCUCCUGCUCGCUCCGCUGGGCGUGGGCGCGGGUGGCGCCAGCCGCGACUCCCCAGGAUGGUCGGGCCCCGCUCGGGAGAGGACCCUGAGGGGGAGGCAGCACUCGCAGCCGGCGGCUCGGGUCUCCGCCGCCGACCCCUCGGCCGCCUGGAGCCGCCCCGCCGACGGCACCAUCUUGGCGCAGAAGCUGGCCGAGGAGGUGCCGCUGGACUUGGCCUCUUACCUCUACACCGGGGACGCGCGCCAGCUGAGGCGGGCCAACUGCUCCGGCCGCUACGAGCUGGCCGGCCUGCCGGGGAAGUCGCCGGGCCUCGCCGGCUCGCAUCCCGCCCUGCACGGGGCGCUGGACGCGCUGACACACGCCACCAACUUCCUCAGCACGAUGCUGCAGGGCAAUAAGUCUCGGGAGCAGAACUCGCAGCACGACCUGGAGUGGUACCAGGCGCUGGUGAGGAGCCUGCUGGAGGAGCCCAGCGUCUCGCGGGCGGCCAUCACCCUGGGCGCCGAGUCGCCGCCCGCGCCUGGCCCGAAGCUCUUCCUCCAGGCCACGCGCGAGGAGAGCCGCGUGCUGCUCCAGGACCUGUCCUCCUCCGCCCAGCAGCUGGCCAACGCCACGCUGGACUCCGAGUGGUUCCACGGCCUCCGGCGCAAGUGGAGGCCCCACUUCCACCGCCGCGGCUCCAGUCAGGGGCCCCGGGGCCUGGGCCACGGCUGGCGGCGCAGGGACGGGCUCAGCGGGGACAGGAGUCACAUCAAGUGGUCACCGCCGUUCCUGGAGUGUGAGAACGGGAGUUACAGGCCCGGGUGGCUGCUCACUCUUUCCGCUCCCUUCUAUGGGCUGCAGCCUAAUCUGGUCCCCGAGUUCAGGGGUGUCAUGAAAGUUGAUAUAAAUCUUCAGAAAGUGGACAUUGACCAAUGUUCAAGUGAUGGCUGGUUUUCAGGAACUCACAAAUGCCACCUUAACAAUUCAGAGUGCAUACCAAUGAAAGGCCUGGGAUUUGUCCUUGGAGCCUAUGAGUGUAUCUGCAAGGCAGGAUUCUACCACCCUCGAGUCUUAGUGGACAACUUCCACAGAAGGGGACCAGAUCACGAGUCUUCAGGAAGUGCAAAGGGGGUGCCAGAAGAAACCCACGUCUGCCUACCCUGCAGAGAAGGCUGCCCCUACUGUGCAGAUGACCGCCCGUGCUCUGUCCAGGAGGAUAAGUAUUUACGACUGGCCAUCAUCUCCUUCCAAGCCCUGUGUAUGCUGCUGGACUUCAUCAGCAUGCUGGUGGUCUAUCACUUUCGCAAAGCAAAGAGCAUCCGGGCAUCUGGCCUUAUCCUGCUGGAAACAAUCCUUUUUGGGUCUCUGCUACUAUACUUUCCUGUUGUUAUUUUGUACUUUGAGCCAAGCACACUCCGCUGUGUCCUCCUGAGAUGGGCCCGCCUUCUGGGUUUUGCCACUGUGUACGGGACUGUCACUCUGAAGCUGCACAGGGUUUUGAAGGUGUUUCUUUCACGAACAGCACAACGAAUUCCAUAUAUGACUGGUGGCCGGGUCAUGAGGAUGCUAGCAGUCAUACUCUUGGUAGUGUUUUGGUUUCUUGUUGGCUGGACUUCAUCUGUAUGCCAGAAUUUGGAGCGGCAAAUUUCACUUAUUGGCCAGGGGCAAACAUCUGAUCACCUUAUCUUCAAUAUGUGCCUCAUAGACCGCUGGGAUUACAUGACAGCAGUUGCUGAAUUUUUAUUCCUCUUGUGGGGUGUUUAUCUCUGCUAUGCAGUGCGGACCGUUCCAUCAGCGUUUCAUGAACCCCGCUAUAUGGCCGUUGCAGUUCACAAUGAGCUCAUUAUCUCUGCUAUAUUCCACACCAUUAGAUUCGCUCUUGCCUCCCGACUUCAGUCUGACUGGAUGUUAAUGCUCUAUUUUGCACAUACCCAUUUGACUGUGACGGUCACCAUUGGGUUGCUUUUGAUCCCAAAGUUUUCACAUUCAAGCAAUAAUCCACGAGACGAUAUUGCUACAGAGGCUUAUGAAGAUGAGCUAGACAUGGGACGGUCUGGGUCCUACCUGAACAGCAGUAUCACCUCAGCCUGGAGCGAGCACAGUUUGGACCCAGAAGACAUCCGGGAUGAGCUGAAGAAACUCUAUGCCCAGUUAGAAAUAUAUAAAAGGAAGAAGAUGAUCACAAAUAAUCCGCACCUGCAGAAAAAGCGGUGCUCCAAGAAGGGCUUGGGCCGUUCCAUCAUGAGGCGCAUCACGGAGAUCCCUGAGACAGUCAGCAGGCAGUGCUCCAAGGAGGACAAGGACCUUGCAGACCACACCACAGCCAGAAGCACUGCCCUGGGCAGGAAGGGCACCCCAGAGUCUUCAGGUCACACCGGGAGGCUCAAGGAAGAGUCCCUGAAAACCAGGGUCUUCUCACUCAAGAGGUCCCUCAGCACAUAUGACCACGUGCGAGACCAAAGCGAAGAACCCAGUGGCCUCCCGACAGAGAGCCAGGAGGAGGGGGCUACUGAAAGUUCCACGCUGGAGUCGCUCCCCAGUAAAACGCUGAUCCAGAAGCUGAAGGAGGACAGUGAGGCCGAGUCCACGGAGUCAGUGCCUUUGGUGUGUAAGUCGGCAAGCGCCCACAACCUCAGCUCAGAGAAGAAGCCUGGGCAUCCGCGAACGUCCAUGUUACAGAAGUCUCUCAGUGUCAUAGCAAGUGCCAAGGAGAAGACUCUUGGGUUAGCUGGGAAAACCCAAGCCUACAAUGCAGAAGAGCGUACUAAGCCCCAGAAACCUCUGCCAAAAGAUAGAGAGACUAACAGAAAAUAUUCAAACUCAGACAACGCGGAGACAAAAGAUUCUGCACCCCCAAACUCCAACCAUGUAGAGGAGCCAAGAAAGCCUCAGAAACCUGGGAUUAUGAAGCAACAAAGGGUCAACCCCACCACUGCCAACUCUGAGCUGAGCCCCGGUACCACCCAGGUGAAGGACAGCUUUGACAUCGGGGAAGUGUGCCCUUGGGAGGUUUAUGGCCUGGUGCCUGGUCCUGUGCCUUCAGAAUCAAAAUCUCAAAAACACGUGUCUAUCGCAGCUUCUGAAAUGGAGAAAAACUCAGCCUUUUGCUUAAAGGAGAAAUCUCAGCACAAGCCUAAGGCAGCUGGAGGACCCCAGCCGUCCACUCAGAAGAGCACAGAUAAGGCUGAAGUGUGUCCUUGGGGGGACCAAGGCCAGCCCCUCUUUGCAGAUGAGACGCAUUCGGUUUCCCAGACUCCAGCCCUCCCAGGGAGAGCCCAGGACGAGCGAGGAGGCCCACAUUAUGCAGCUAAUGUGAGUACUGGGCAAUGCGAAGAACUACCACCCAAAGUCGUAGCAUCAACAGGAGAGAAUGAAAAUCUCAACCAAAUGGGAGGCCAGGAAGCAAAGACAUCACCUUCUGUGGAAAACGUUCCUGGAUCCUACAACUCAAGUAAUAAUUUCCAGCAACCUUUAACGUCACGAGCUGAGGUGUGUCCUUGGGAGUUUGAGACCCCAGAGCAACCGAACGCUGAGACAAGUGUAGCUUUACCCACCUCUUCCGCUUUAAAUGGAAAUACGGUAGCAGGGCCUCGGAAAUAAGAGGUCUGGGACACUUUUAAGAACAGCAUCCCCGGGAAGAACAGAAAGGAAUCCUAAAUUCAAAAUACAACAGGAAAUCCAAGAAUCAAACAAUUCCCAAGGUCUUUUGUCCUUCCAGUGAAGGAUGGCAGUGAAGUAAGGUCGAAGUCAUGGGCUGAAGAAGCUCCAGAGAGCCUGUGAGCAGCAUCACGGUGCCGAAAUCAGACUUCCAGCAAGAGAAGUCAGCCCUCUGGCAGCACGAGCAAAAUCUUCAUGUUCCACGUGUUCGGGGGAAUCACCCUCAACACUUGCCCCUGACCAAUUUUUACCCACCGGACUCUGAAUAUCCAAAGAAACACAAGCCAGGAGACACAAGACAUAACAUUCUGCAGAGAAGAGGGGACGGGUAUAUUUUACAAAGUUCCAAGUAGCUGACUGAAAAGAACUUACCUUGCCUAUUUAACCUUGAUAGCACUGCUAACUUAAUGCAUCCCAAAAAUAUCUUUUAUAUUAAUGAUUGCCCUCAUUUUCUUAUAUGUUUUAGUAUAUUGUUGUGUCUCAUACCCAAGCAUUCCAGAUUGUAUAAUUUUUGCAAAUAACUUUGAUAUCAUGUGACACAACUCAUUUAUGCAAUCUGUAGCUACUCAAUUGUUUUUGCAACUUACAAGAAACCUGCUAUCUAUCAACUUUAGUUGAUUCUUGAAGUACAGUAAGCUUUCUCUGGCUUAGGAAGCCAUCACUGUUAUGAUAAAAACUUUCAGUUUGGGCUGUGGUUUAUAUAUUGUGAAUGUGGAUUUGACUCUUAUUAUUUCACAUCAUAGUUUGUUAUUAGGUCUUAAUCAGGGUUUUACACAAGUUCAGUUUCUUGGUUUGUACUUCUUGUGAGGACUCAGAGGCUGGAUUACUAUUGGAGAUUAAGUGGUCCUACUUAGUCACGUGUCUCAAUAAGUUAAGGACAACUUAUCCAUUGUUUGUUCAAAGUAAAAGAUAGAUCAUUCCUAUUGUCCCUUUUAACUCUUUCAGUAUUUCAUACUUAGCAGCAUUUCUUAAGGAGGAAGCUAAGCAUGAGAAAAAGAAACUUUACAUUGUUAUUACCAUUGGAAGGGAAAGACUCUAGGAAUGACAUGAGAAUUAUAGCACUAUUACAGAUCCAGGAAACUUGCCUUUCAAAAUGAAAACAGAGAAGUAGCUCCUAAUAGCACUUUCAAGGGAUUAUUUUUUUAAAAGAGAAAAACUAAUGAUAGUAUCAAGAACAUUGUAUGGAUAUAUUUUUAUUAUGCAUACUGAAAAUAUGAUAUUUUAAAUUACCUUAAACUAUAUUCUCAUAAAUUUUUAUUCAUUGCUUCAACUAGAGGUAGAAUUUACUGGGCUGAAAUCCCAAAGAGGUUUUAUAACCUGAUUUAUUGAAAGCCUAUAAGGUGGCCUGGGUUCUUCAUUCUCCCAAGCACUGGAAAACUUACACAUCUUGCAAAAUGCUAUUGCAAGCCACCUUGCUCAAAAUGUAAAGGCUAAGAUUUAUUUCCAAGGCAAAACAGCCCUCAAAGCAUAUCUUAUAAAACCUAUUGCAUUCCACGCUGAUCUCCUGGUGUGAAAAUCCUAAGCUGCUGACUUAGGCUACUGAUGCGAUCAUGCAGUGAGAUUCCUAACCUCAGUCUCAUUUUAUUUAAAGAUGAACUGCUUAAAAAUAUAAAGCACAGUCUCCCUUUUCUCUCACUCUAAGCACUGCAGUAUCAACUGCCUAUUUUUCCAGGACAUUUCCAGCCUAAAUAACUUUUUUGUUUCAUGAGCAGCAAGAACAAGUUAAGGGGAUGAAGGAUGGGCAAAAGGAGUCAGAAUGUGGAUUCAAGGCUGUUCUUAGACAAUGUUAUUCUCAGUCAAAGGUGAAAACAGAACGCUGUGUAUCCAUCACCAGAUAGUUUUCUCAGUGAUUUUUUUCUUCAGGAGUAAACGAACACUUCGCCAUUUUGCAAAGCUGUGCAUAAAUCUUCCUCACCCAUUUGCUUGCCCUGUGCAUUACUCAGGUUGGUGGGGUAGGUUUGAAAAGAUAGAGAAAUUUGAUUUACAAAUGUUGCCUUCAUUUAUUUCUGUCACCCCUUCCUUUUCAGUCGAGGGCUAUCUGCUUGGUGACCCUAGAAUACUCCUUUAGGUAUAUUUGUGAAUUCGAUUUAGAGUUUCUAGACCCACGCAAUUGUUUCACUUCUGUCUGAGAUCUAUUAGCACUUGAUUCACUUUUGAGAAUUAAGCAGUGAAGCAUCAGUGAGUUUCAUUGCACGUCAGAAUGAUCCCAUAGGGAUGUGACUUAAAGAAGACUUGCCAAAUGACACCUUAGUGACAUUCUACAAUCCAUAGAUUAUCCUGCACCAGCAUAAGUAAGUGAGAAUGGCUAGGGUCCUUCCUAGAGUUUCAUUGCCAUUACCUAUCACCAAGAGAAGCCAGAACGUACAAUUCUGGAGGUUAUUAUCCCAAACUGAUCACUAGACCGUAACUAAACACUACGAAGGUCUCUCAAACAUUUGCUAGGUUGUCCUUCUCAAUGCAUGUGCAGGCUGCAUCCUGUCCUUGUUUUUGAGCCAGGGUUUAUAAAUAAGUAGAUUUAUAUCAAACUUAAUAGAACUGUAUAUUUUAUGCAAGAAUUAAAUGCUUUAUGAUAUGAAUCAUAACUCGACCCAUUGUAAACUUCGGUGGCAAUAUGGAUUUGAAACUCGACAGUUCUCUUGUAUUUGCUUCCUAGGUUUCUGCAUGCAAGUGAUGACAGGUAGGACUGAAUAAACACUGCCUUUUGACUUCUAGCAUUUAGCAACCGAGAGUUGUAGAGUCAACAAAGCUGUAAGUCUCUUCACUGAAUCUGUGGUUCUUCUGAAACUAUUAUCUGAAACCUCCAGCAUCCCACCAUGAAAUAUUUGGUAAAUUUAUGUUGUGACGUGUUGCAGCAUGUAAAUAAUUAUAACUUCUCUGCAAUAAAACACAUUUAUAUGAAAGUGA